CCACCACUCCAGAUUGUUUACAGUUCCCAAAGCCAUAACUUUGCGUAUUCAUCUUUCUCCCAACCCCACUACUUUAACAUUUCCGUUGACUGAACACAAAUCAAAUCCCCAACUCCAACCUACACAUCCAAAUCCCCCACGCGCCGCUUUCCAUUCCUGCUACUAGGCUUUCCUUCGAAUUUGAGGCUUUUUUUGUUGUGAGACUAGGGUUAGGCUGGUGAUAUACAGCUGACGCUUCUUCCUCCUUUCUCUUUGUUUAAUUGUUGAUCAAUUUCUGUAGUUGAGGAUAUGACUUGCUUCAUGUUCUCUCGAUCUGUUGAUUAAUUGUAUCAGUGUUGUUGUGCCCCUGGAGGUUUUUUUGUUGGUUCGUUUGCUUAAUUUAAUGUUAUUAUGUUUGUGAUAAUUGAUUUUUGAGACUGGAAAUUAUGAAGAGGUUGAGGUCCAGUGAUGAUCUGAAAGAUUGGGGGAGAAGAGAAGAUGAGGCUGCUCCCCAGCGUUCAUCUUCUUCUUUGCUCAGGACCUCUUACUACAGAUCAUCUGAGAGUGGGAGGAAGGUCUUAUCCUCAUCAACAGCCAGGUAUGAUCGGUUAGAAGAUGAGAGGGAGAGUUCAAAGUUUAUUAGGAAGAGGCCGGAUUAUGAUUUGGAGAGUUAUGAGAGGAGAAAGAGUUAUGAUCGCCAUAAAGACGGGAAUGGGAACGAUAAAGGGAUAUUGAGCUCAUCGCCGAGGGCUGGUUAUGGGAUGGAUCAGAUGUACCGUUCUCAGAGCUUUUCUGCGCCUAGGAGAGACUUUCCCAAGGGGUUUAGGUCGGAGAGGGAUAGGCCUAAAAGGGAGGGUAUUGGUGCAUCGUGGAGGAGAUUCGGUAGUGGGAAAGAUGUUGAUGACGGGGCCAGGAGUGGCAGUGAGGCGAGUAGAGGAACUAGAGUGGAAUCAAAGGAAGUUGGGAAGGCAAAGUCUCCCCAGGGAUUCAGAGAUGCAAAAUCUCCUGCCUGGUCCAAGGAUUCUGGAAGUGAGCGAUCAAAGAGUGUUGAAUGCAAGAAGUCAGAAGAAAUGCAAGUAGAGAGUGGUGGUCCCAGCAGUGAACGAGAAGAAGGAGAACUGGAACCUGAUCCUCAACCUGAUGUGCCUCUUGCGAAGCCAGUUAUCGAAGAUGAAGCUGCUGAUAAACAGACUUCACCUAUGAAGCAGCUCCAUAAUGAACCCCAGGCUGAAAACGAAAUUUCACUGGAAAAGGCAAGUUUCUCAUCAGUAGAAAAUGGGAACAUGACUAAAAUGGACAGCUGUAACGAGCAAGCUGUAGACAGACAAUCUAAGGAGGCUGAAGAUGUUGUUAGCCAAAAUGCCGACUUGCCUGCUUGUCGGGAUACGUCAAUCCAAGGGGUGGGGGAAAAUAGAGAUGAUGAUGAUGACGAUGAUGAUGCAAAAGAAGAAAAUCGAGGUGGUGACCAUGCAAGGGAUGAUGGAACUGAAGGCUGCUUGGAGGAGGUUGCAGAUAGCAGAUGUGAUGAGAAACUAUCUUUACAGGAGCAACAGAAAGACAGGAUUGUUAACAAUCAAGUCAAUGCAGAUGAUGUGGAAGUGGCAGGAAGUGUCCAGGCAACGGGCAAAAGUGAGUUGCCUACUACAGAGAAAACAGCCCCAAGUAUGAAAGACAAGGGCAAAAGUGUUACUUUAUUGCCCUCUGAUGGUGUUCUCCUCACAGAGAAUUUGGAGGUUGAUAACAAAGCAAGGGAUGAUGGAACUGAAGGCUGCUUGGAGGAGGUUGCAGAUAGCAGAUGUGAUGAGAAACUAUCUUUACAGGAGCAACAGGAAGACAGGAUUGUUAACAAUCAAGUCAAUGCAGAUGAUGUGGAAGUGGCAGGAAGUGUCCAGGCAACGGGCAAAAGUGAGUUGCCUACUACAGAGAAAACAGCCCCAAGUAUGAAAGACAAGGGCAAAAGUGUUGCUUUAUUGCCCUCUGAUGGUGUUCUCCUCACAGAGAAUUUGGAGGUUGAUAACAAACCAAGAGACCUCAUAGAAAGUAGAGACGUUGAAAUGGAAGGCCCAAGUACCAGGGGAUUCCAGUUUUUCUCAACUGAUCCAAUUAAAAAGCCAGAGAAAGUGGAGCAAUCAACACAUAGUAAGCCUAAUGAUGAUAAAUUGGCUCUUGACCUUUCUCUUAGCUUGCCAAAUGUAUUAUUGCCAAUUGGUUCUCAGAGACAAGCUCCAGGUUCUCCUAGUCAUACAAGGAGUGUUCAAUCAUUUGCUAGCUCGUUUCGGACAAAUUCUGAUGGAUUUACAGCUUCAAUGUCGUUUUCUGGGUCCCAGCAGUUCACUCACAACCCUAGCUGUUCUCUGACUCAUAAUGCACUUGAUUAUGAGAAAUCUGUUGGUAGCAAGCCACUAUUUCAGGGGGUGGAUUGGAAAGCUUUAUCUUUGGAAGAGGCUAAGAAUAAGGAGGGUUCUGCUUAUCAAGGAAUGCCAUCAAGAGAAAAUGUCUUGCAUCAGCAGUCUCAAGUAUCCCAAGGCAACUCCAGUGGACAAGCUGCCCAGCAAAAUAUGAGAAUUACUGGAGGAAGCUCCAAGAUGCCGAUUGGUCUUGAAAGGCAAUUUAGUAGUAAACAGUUGUCUGGAGCUCAAGGUUUUGGCACUUAUGAUCAUGGACCAGAAUAUUUGAAAGACAAUAGGCAAUCUAGGACUGAGAAAGAUUCUGGUAGUUUAGAAAUGAACAAUGGCAGAGAUAGUAAAGAUCAAGAGUUGGGAGUUGGGACUGACCUUGCCGAGUCUAUAGUCACCAUGAUUGUCUCUGAACCAAUACAUACAAUGGCUCGGAGGUUUAAUGACAUGAAUGUGAAGCACAUUCCAUCUAUUAAAGAGUUUGCCCGUGAUAUAAUCUCAAACCCAGUUAAGCAGUGGCAGUUGAGUGCUUUGCAGAAGGCAUUACAGAAGAGGUCAGACAUUACUCUGGAUAUGCUACUAAAUGCAAAUCGUACCCAGUUGGAGAUAUUGGUGGCUUUGAAAACAGGGCUUCGUGAAUUUGUUCUACCGAAAUAUGAUAUCGCAACCUCAGAUUUAGCAGAAAUAUUUCUCAAUAUGCGAUGUAGAAACCUCAAUUGUCGCAGUCUUCUUCCUGUGGAUGAAUGUGACUGCAAAAUAUGUUCGCAGCGGAGUGACUUUUGCAGGGAUUGCAUGUGUCUUGUGUGUUCGAAGUUUGACAUGGCAUCUAACACCUGUAGUUGGGUUGGUUGUGAUGUAUGCUUACAUUGGUGCCAUGCAGAUUGUGGGUUACGAGAAUCUCAUAUCAGAAAUGGUCGUAGUGCAUCCGGUGCUCAAGGCACCACGGAAAUGCAGUUCUACUGUGUUGCCUGUGAUCAUCCCUCUGAGAUGUUUGGUUUUGUAAAGGAAGUUUUUCAGAACUUCAUCAAAGAGUGGACAGCAGAAAAUCUUUCUAGAGAACUUGAAUAUGUGAAAAGAAUAUUUUACGCCAGUGAGGAUGUUAGAGGGAAACAGCUCCAUGAAAUUGCUGUGCGGAUGCUGUCUAGAUUGGCUAACAGAUCAGAUUUUCAGGAUGUGCAGAGUCAUAUAAUAAACUUUUUCACUGAAUCCAAUUUGGAAAGGCCUGGCAGCAUUAUUGCAUCCAGGAAAGAGUUGCCAACAAGAAAACAAGAAGGCAGUAACGGCAUUGCUGGCUCCAGCCAAGGAACUGGGUGGAUGAAGCCUGUUUAUUCAGAAAAGGCUCCUCUCUUGGGAGAUCCGGUCAAUUUAAUCCAUGACUACGACACCAAUAAGAAUGAUAAAUACACGGUGAACAUGGAUAUCCAAAAAAAUUCCCAAAAAGAGCCUAUAUUUGAUGAACUGGAGAGCAUUGUGAGAAUCAAACAGGCUGAGGCUAAGAUGUUUCAACAACGUGCAGAAGAUGCUAGAAAGGAAUCUGAAGCUCUGAAGCGCAUUUCAGUGACCAAAAGCGAAAGAAUUGAAGAAGAAUACACAAGCCGGAUCACCAAACUUCGUUUGGCUGAAGCUGAGGAGAUGCGAAAGCAGAAGGUGGAAGAGCUCCAGGCUCUCGAAAGAGGCUAUCACGAAUACUUCAGUAUGAAAAUGAGGAUGGAAACAGAUAUCAAGGAUCUUCUUUUGAAGAUGGAAGCAACAAGAAGGAACCUCAGGACAUGAUUGACAAGGUUAGUGUUGGAUGAACUCAGAGUUUCAUUGGUAAUGUGGCAGGGAGUUUUCGUCUGGUGUUUUGUAUCGUGGGCGGAUUGACUAAUGUGUGUGUUGGUCGAUCUGUAGGUUUAUCAGUCUUGUUUAAUGCAGUGUAGUACUAACUGGAAUCUGUACAAAGGGUAGCUAAUCUCCCAGUAUAGGUUGGAAAUAUUCCUUGUUAUGAAACAGAAUAUGCUAUCAGACUUGGUAUUAUUUUUUCAAUCCACAAGUUCCCAAAUUCAUUAGUUGGA